AUGACGCGUCAUAAACGACGUCAUUCAUCUGAUCGACAUAGUGAAGACGAACGAUCACGUUCAUCCUAUCAUCAUAAAACUCGUCGACAUUCAUCGAUAAAUAAUGAAGCAAAUAAUUCAUGUGAUAGACGAAGAAAUACUCGAUCAAGAUCAACAUCUUCAUCGAUAUCAUCAUCAUCAUCAUCGACGACAACAUCAUCAUCUUCUCGAUCAGGUGAUUCUCAACGACGAAAAAAUACACCAAAUUCACGUCAUCGUCAUUCAAAACGAAUAUAUGACAACGACCGACAACAACGACGACCACAUCAUAAUCGUCGUCGUCAACGAUCAAAAUCACGAUCAAGAAGACGGUUAGUUCUUUUUUUUGUUAAUUUUUGUAAAGAAAUCAUUCGAGAUAAUAUUUAUAUUUCGAAUACAUCUCUGAAGAUCUUUCAUGUUGUAAUACGAUACUAG